UAGAUGGAUCGCAGGAUUUCGAGCAAUGCAUGCCACCGACAUACAGCGGGACACGGUCUCCCGCCGCAUUUGGUCGUCAACUGUGGUUUGGUGGUGCCGCUCUCGUUAUCGGUGCAAUACUGAUGUUUUGCGGAUCCACCGGAGCUUUCUACCUAUGGAAAGGAAGUGACAGAAGUGUGUACAAUGUUCGCUAUAGCAUGAGCGUUAAUGGAAAGGUAAAGGAGGGAACCAUGGAGAUCGAUUCAGAUAAUAACCUCGAAAGGUUUCGAACUGGCAGUGGGAGCGACGAGGCCGUGGAGAUCCAUGACUUCCACAUCGGAAUCACUGGAAUACACUUCUCUGGAGGACAGAAGUGCUAUAUUAAAUCUCAAGUCAAAGCCAGCCUUCCAGACGUGGACUCUUUUAACAAGCAGUCAUUGAUGUUUGACCUGACGGAUGAGAUCAUGCCAGUAAAGUUUGACGAUGAGUGUCUUAUCUGGAUUGUUGCGGACCAACCUCUGAAGGACACCAGUUUUUUGAGCACUACCAUCCUGGACCACUGUGGAGGACUGCCCAUCUUCUGGCUCCAACCAACCUAUCAUAAAGAUGGGGAGAGGAGAAAGAGAGACACCCAGCGUGCCAAGCGUCAGUUUGACAUGAAGGAGUUUGAGACUGCUGCAGAGGAGAGGAACACCGUGGGCCGUGCGGAGAACAGCACUUCCAAAAGGGCCGUGGAGGAUGAGGGGGGGUUAGCGUCCGCCGUGGGGUCAGGCUUCAACCCCGAAAACCCCUAUCAUCGCAGUCAGGAGGGAGAUGAAGGCUCCAUGACCUUUGACCCCAUGCUGGACCAUCAAGGGAUCUGCUGCACGGAAUGCCGACGCAGCUACACACACUGUCAGAGGAUAUGUGAGCCCCUGGACGGCCACUGGCCCUGGCCUUAUAACUACAGAGGUUGCCAGGUAGCCUGCAGAGUGAUUCUGCCUUGCCGUUGGUGGGUGGCGCGCAUAUUAGGAAUUCUGUGA